CCUCCUGGAGAUGUACUCUUUUUCUUUUUCUUUUUUUCCUCUCCUAUAAAUUUCAAAACCAGUAUUCAUCAAAUCGUGCUCAAAGUACUAUCAACAUGGCAAAGCUCAAUGGCACCCCCACCAACAUCCUCCCCAACUCACACAUUGAAGCUGCCCAGUCUGUGACACCAACCAAGGCAACCGAUCCAAGACUGUCACGCCAAGUGGCUAUCACAGACUCUGCCACCUCAGCCAUUUUCCGGAGGCGAUUCCAAGCCAUUCUGUACUACAAGAAGGCGUUGAGUGAGGAGUCAGGGUGGUUGUUGGUGGGGUGGAUGAAGUUGUCGCUAGGGAAGGCUUUGGAGGAGCAACCUAUCCUUGCUGGGAGGCUCCGGAGAGGGGAAGGAGGCAAAGGGGAAUUGGAGAUUGUGUCAAAUGAUAGUGGUGUCAGAGUGAUCGAAGCGCGGAUCUCCACAACCUUGGCAGAGUUUCUUGAUUUGAAGGAGAGGGAAGAUGCAGAGGCUGAGCUUGUGUUUUGGAAUGAUGUUGAUGAUCAAAAUCCUCAGUUUUCUCCAUUGUUCUAUAUCCAGGU